GUUCUAUCUCUCUGUAAAUCGAAGAUUUGAAGGAAAUAUAUGCAAGUCUAAAUAAGUCCAUAAUAGGAAACCCUGUCGUGGUUUCAGAAGAAGUAUCCGCGAAACUUCCUUGUCCCCCCUCUCUCUCAUACCCGACUCACCUUUUUCAAAAAAAUCUCUUCAUUUUUCCUUUACAGUACAACCCAUUGAAGAGGAGAGUCAUAUACGCUGUUACUGGUUCGGAAUCUUGCGCUGCUGCCUAAGUGAAUUGGUGCAUGAAGAAGCUUUCUGCAUAUGGAGUCUAAAGAUUGAUGAUAAUUUGCUUUGUGCGUGUUGACUGUAGUUAUGAAUAAUCCGCAAGAGAAAUUUGUGAGGUUUCAGGAUUGGAACUCUGGGGAAAAUGCAGGGAAUCGAUUCUCUGCAAAUCAAGCUGGUAAUAUCAGAAGAACAAUAAGCUCAAUUUCUGAUAAGUUCCAGAGAGGCUAUGAAUCUGCUUCUGAGAGAAUUAGGGGCUUAAGGGUAUCUUUGAUACCCCGUUCUUUAAGUGGCUUUGCUGACAAGGAUACAAGUUCUAGGAAGAAAAUCCUUGACCCACAAGGCUUAUUCCUUCAAAAGUGGAACAAGAUUUUUGUAUUAUCAUGUGUUCUUGCUGUUUCUCUCGAUCCAUUGUUCCUUUAUAUUCCUGUGGUAAAUGGCGAGAAGAAAUGCCUUGGGUUGGACAGAAAGCUGGAGAUUACUGCUUGCAUUCUGCGUUCCUUUACUGAUAUCUUUUAUAUUAUCCACAUAAUUUUCCAGUUCCGAACUGGUUUCAUUGCUCCCUCUUCUCGAGUGUUUGGAAGAGGUGUCCUGGUUGAAGAUGCUUGGGAAAUAGCGAAGCGAUAUUUGUCUAGUUACUUCUUUGUUGACAUUUUGGCAGUUCUGCCUCUGCCACAGGUUGUGAUUGUAAUUGUCAUACCACAUAUGGGAGGGUCAACAUCAUUGAAUACGAAGAACUUGCUAAAGUUUGUUGUCCUCUUCCAGUAUCUGCCUAGGUGUCUUCGAGCACCCUUGUACAAGGAAGUCACAAGAACAUCUGGUAUACUGACUGAAACAGCAUGGGCUGGAGCUGCAUUUAAUCUUCUUCUUUACAUGCUUGCAAGUCAUGUGUUUGGUGCCUUUUGGUACCUGUUCUCUAUAGAAAGAGAAACUGUAUGCUGGAAGAAAGCCUGUGGCAACCAUACAGAUUGUCUAAAUUAUUCUGUAUAUUGCAGUGAUGAUCAACAAGGAUUCAACAAUUUUCUUAACAACUCCUGCCCAAUACAAACACCAAACACUACACUUUUUGAUUUUGGCAUUUUCCUUGAGGCUCUUCAGUCUGGUGUUGAAUCUACUGACUUUCCAGAGAAGUUAUUUUAUUGCUUCUGGUGGGGCCUGCAGAAUCUGAGCUCUCUUGGCCAAAACCUCAAAACUAGUACUUUCGUUUGGGAAAUUUGCUUUGCAGUUUUCAUUUCCAUCUCUGGAUUGGUGUUGUUCUCGUUCCUCAUUGGUAAUAUGCAGACAUACCUGCAGUCUACAACGUUAAGAUUGGAAGAGAUGAGAGUGAAAAGGAGAGAUGCGGAACAGUGGAUGUCCCAUCGAUUGCUUCCGGAGAGUCUUAGGGAGCGAAUCAGGCGGUAUGAACAGUACAAGUGGCAGGAAACUAGAGGUGUUGAUGAAGAGAAUCUUAUAACAAACCUCCCAAAGGAUCUCAGGAGGGACAUAAAGAGGCAUCUCUGUUUGGCUCUUCUUAGGAGAGUGCCACUGUUUGAGAAAAUGGACGAACAACUAAUGGAUGCAUUAUGCGACCGUCUGAAGCCUGUGCUCUAUACAGAAGACAGUUAUAUAGUCCGAGAAGGGGAUCCAGUUGACGAAAUGCUCUUCAUAAUGAGAGGCAAGCUCUUCACAGUAACCACCAACGGAGGAAGAACAGGCUUCUUCAACUCCGACUAUCUCAAGGGGGGUGACUUCUGCGGUGAAGAGCUUCUCACCUGGGCUCUAGACCCUCAUUCCUCAUCCAACCUUCCAAUAUCAACUCGAACAGUUCAAGCACUCUCGGAAGUUGAAGCUUUCGCUCUAAUGGCAGAUGAUUUGAAAUUUGUGGCUUCACAGUUCAGAAGACUACACAGCAAACAACUGCGGCAUACUUUUAGGUUUUACUCUCAACAGUGGCGGACAUGGGCAGCCUGUUUUAUUCAAGCGGCGUGGAGAAGGUAUAGUCGGAAGAAGCUUGAAGAGUCGCAGGAAGAAGAGAAUAGAUUGCAAGAUGCUUUGUUGAAUAAAGUUGGGGGGAGUUCGCCUAGUUUAGGUGCUACUAUUUAUGCUUCUAGAUUUGCUGCUAAUGCACUUCGGGCAUUGAAAAGGAAUGGGGGAAGAAGAUCGAGGUUGCCACCGGAGAGAAUUUUGCUUCAGAAACCGGCUGAGCCUGAUUUUACUGAUUAGAGUGUGUUUAAAUUAAUAGAGAGAAGAAAGAGUUUGUUGUUGUUGUGUUUAUAUAAAUGUGAAUAGUAGUAAUUUUUAUGUUGUAUAGUUAUCUUAGUAACUCCAAUGUUCUGUUUGGACUUUGAGGGGUUCUGGUUAUUUGGUUAAAUACAUUGUGAAUUGAGUUUGGAAGUA